UGGCCGGUAGCAGUCAGUCAACGAGGGUAAUAUCCCGGUGUGAGCCAGCGCACGGGCAUACAGAGCGAGAGGAGCGCACCCGUCCCGGACACUUUACAUUAGGCUGGCUACCUCCUGUGUUACAAAUUCAUAUAUGAAGAAAAGCAAUCAGGUGGUCCUGAAUGGCGAAUAAAACUUGAAUAAAACGGUUCCAUGAUGGAGACAUUUUCAUUUGUAAUUCCGGAGACAUUUCUUCCCAUUCUUUCCAAGAAGUGACGCAACAUCAACACUCCCAGUAAACUGGACACGGGAAUAUUUGUUGUGUUACAAAAACUACGCCAGAGCACCCAGACAGACCAAGUCUCAACGAACAGGUUACUGAUUACAUGAUUUUAUUAUGGGUUUUCAUUGAGCUAUUACAAAUGAAGAUGAAAACCAUGGAGGGUCAGAGACGGUGAGUCCAUCCUGCUCUUUUGCUCUUUACCGUCUUACAUUCUCAGAAUGUCCACAAGACAAGACCUACCUGCUUACAUCAUCAGAGCAUCUGAUUUCACAAGGGAGAUCUGAAGUCAUGGUUGUAUCUCUGUUUAUGCUGAUUGUUGGUUGGUCUGUAUUGUCAUGUUAUUACCAGGUUGGCAAGGACACAGGAGAGGCGUCAUGGGAGGAACAAAACGGGAUAAGAAAUGUGACGACUGACUGAGCAAAAGAAGAAAACGUCAGAGAAAGAAGGAAAGAGAGAAGGAUUGUGUGUUCUCUACUUUCUCAGAAGUGCUGCCCCUAAAUUCCUGUUACUAUGCCUGAGAGAGGGAGGGCAGCAGACCAGUCAAAAUGAACCCCUACGUCACCUCUCAUUUUAGGAGGGAUCUCUUUCCCCACUUCCACUUGUUGUAGAGGCUUCUCUUCUCUUCUCCCUUCUCUUACUGUUUGUGUGACAUGACAACACCUGUCUCUGUGUAAACCUAGGACAGUAGAUAACACCUGUCUCUGUGUAAACCUGGGACAGUAGGUAACACCUGUCUCUGUGUAAACCUGGGACAGUAGGUAACACCUGUCUCUGUGUAAACCUAGGACAGUAGGUAACAUCUGUCUCUGUGUAAACCUAGGACAGCAGGUACACCUGUCUCUGUGUAAACCUAGGACAGUAGGUAACACCUGUCUCUGUGUAAACCUAGGACAGUAGGUAACACCUGUCUCUGUGUAAACCUAGGACAGUAGGUAACAUCUGUCUCUGUGUAAACCUAGGACAGCAGGUACACCUGUCUCUAUGUAAACCUAGGACAGCAGGUACACCUGUCUCUGUGUAAACCUAGGACAGCAGGUACACCUGUCUCUGUGUAAACCUAGGACAGCAGGUACACCUGUCUCUGUGUAAACCUAGGACAAUAGGUAACAUCUGUCUCUGUGUAAACCUAGGACAGCAGGUAACAUCUGUCUCUGUGUAAACCUAGGACAGUAGGUAACAUCUGUCUCUGUGUAAACCAAGGACAGUAGGUAACACCUGUCUCUGUGUAAACCUAGGACAGCAGGUACACCUGUCUCUGUGUAAACCUAGGACAGCAGGUAACAUCUGUCUCUGUGUAAACCAAGGACAGUAGGUAACAUCUGUCUCUGUGUAAACCUAGGACAGUAGGUAACACCUGUCUCUGUGUAAACCUAGGACAAUAGGUAACAUCUGUCUCUGUGUAAACCUAGGACAGCAGGUAACAUCUGUCUCUGUGUAAACCUAGGACAGUAGGUAACAUCUGUCUCUGUGUAAACCAAGGACAGUAGGUAACAUCUGUCUCUGUGUAAACCUAGGACAGCAGGUACACCUGUCUCUGUGUAAACCUAGGACAGCAGGUAACAUCUGUCUCUGUGUAAACCAAGGACAGUAGGUAACAUCUGUCUCUGUGUAAACCAAGGACAGUAGGUAACAUCUGUCUCUGUGUAAACCAAGGACAGUAGGUAACAUCUGUCUCUGUGUAAACCUAGGACAGUAGGUAACAUCUGUCUCUGUGUAAACCAAGGACAGUAGGUAACAUCUGUCUCUGUGUAAACCAAGGACAGUAGGUAACAUCUGUCUCUGUGUAAACCAAGGACAGUAGGUAACAUCUGUCUCUGUGUAAACCUAGGACAGCAGGUAACGACUGUUGCCUUGGUAUUCUCCUGUGUUGUGCCUUUGUUGCUCCUAGUCAGGGUGUUACACUGUAAACUGUCCUAGGUGAUCUGGUCAAGGUGUUACACUGUAAACUGUUCUCAGGGAGCUGGUGAAGGGUUGAACUGUUCCUCAGGAACCUAGUAACAUGUUUAGCUUGUUCACUGGGGGUCAAAGACUUGCCAGCGUUCGAAACCCACAGUCCACUGGAAAUGUGUACGGAAGGUAAAGUCUAAUAUCGCAACCAAACAUUUUUUAUGUCAUUUGGAAUUGCCCUGAUUCAAACCUUUUGAGUUUUCUUUGUUUUUUAUCCCUAAGGGAUUUGGCAUGCAACAAACAAAAACAAUCUCCCUUCCCAGAAUAUUACCUUUUUGCCUCAGUGGGUUGUUGUUUUUACCCAGUUUUCCUUGCACAUUAUUGCCACAUUUUUCCAAAGGAAUUAGACUGGAAGCUUUUCUGAAAUGGAUGAACAUGUGUGUUCUCUGUCAAGCAGGGGUGUUGAGUGUGACACUUGAACCGAGAGGAGAGAACUAAAACCAACCCGUUUGGAAAAAAACAAGGACACGGCACCUCCCGUCCCAGGAUUGGACAGGAUUUGACCUCUGAAAUAACAUUUGAGCUCUGAGUUUUCGUAGAGGUCAUCCACAGGUGUAUGCCCUGUGUGCCUGUUACCCCUCCCCUCUUUCCCCACAACCGGCCAAUAGGAUUCUGCUCCUCCUACACAUUCACUUUGACUAUAUAAUAGGUGUUGUAUAGAAUUAAUCCUGGUAUCAUAUGUAUAGGAUGGUACACAAAAAUAGGUACACAGAAAGUACACACAAUUGUACAUGCCUUGGCAUUCAAGUCGAGUAACUUCAUUCUCUCUCCUUUUAUUUAUUGUCUUUCUCCCUCUCUUUCCCUCACUCCCUCUGUUGUAGAGAAUUCUCCCAUGCAGUUGUAUUGGAGAGUAAGUCUCCUUAUUGUUGUAUACAUUUUUACAACACUGAGUUAAUACGAUGUAGCUGAUCUGGUCAGUAGUCAGUCUGUGCAGUGUGUUCUGUACUGAAUUGACAAUGCCUUUAGGUGAAACACAGAGCCUCUCAGGAAUAGGAUAUCCAGCAGUCACCUGAGAGAGCCGCAAACAUAUUUCAAAUGUCUCUAAAAGUCUGCUUUUGUUGUGCCAAGAACUCACCACUGACAUUUGAGGACUUUUGUGGCUUGGAAAAGAUACCUGGAUUUGAGGGGAAACUGCGGUCACAGUCUCCCACUUGUGAGAGACACUGAGUGAGUAUUAUUUACACAGUGCAUGGCUACUGUAGCUCAUAAAUGUGUUCCAAGGCCCUGUAGCAAAGGAAACAUAAAUAUAAAAGGGUGGAGGAACAUAUUCUGACUGAUAGGAAGUGAAUGGAUUGGAAUUGUGUACCAUUAUCUGAAUCAAUAGUCUAAGGAGUUCCUCCUCUGUUUCAAUCUGCCUUGUGUAUUUUCCAUGACCAAACCACUGGGAAGUGAAGAUCAUGGAACGUAAGAAACAGCAUGCUAUUCUUUUCUCUGCUGGUUGCAUGUUAGAUACGUGUUAGAAACGUAGACACCGUUUGACUGUACUGUACUGUGGAUCUACCCCUGGACUCUGUAUUGUCGUAUUGCACUUUAGUGAAUGUGGGGAGUAUAUAUCCUCCUUACUACUACCCCAUUGUAUCCCCAGCUCUCAUCCUUUCAAGCUUCUCAGUUCCUGUAGCCUGCUCAAUUUCCCUCGUGCUGUUUCAAACUGUCAGCAAAACUCCUGCUUCCUCGUAAGAUGGCCACAGACUAUGGGUCCCUCCUGUUGAUACCCUGGACACGUGCGUAACCUCCCUCUUCAGCCCAAAGGAGUGUAAGUACUACAGGGACUAUACAGUAUUACUGCGAGACUGUCUAUCUGCUGCUGUGGAAUACGUUUCUGACCAGAGGAGUACAUACAGCAACAACAAGAGAAUGGAAGGAAGACUGUGAAUCAGGACACUGUAGAGCUGUGAGUAACCCUGACUGUUAAUAAAAAGUUAGUGGAACAAUGAUCCGGGAAGUGAGGGAAGUCAUCUACUGCUGGAUACAGUUUUUCCUCGUGGAUUUACCUUUACCACAUCAGAUGGAUUACUUUUCACCAUAGAAACAGUGGAACUGGAAAGAAGUACAGAACACCAGGUUCUUAUCAAUACCUAGGUGGUCAUAAACUCACAAAGCACAUAGGAUUUGAGACUACAGCUUCAUCAGCGUAAGACAUUGUAUUUAGCGCCAUGGGAGCGGCGCGUGUUAAGCGACGUUUCAGUGCGGUGGUUGACGGGCUGGUAGAAGAGGAGGAAGUCAUUAAGCUGGCUCUGAGUGUUGCUGACACGGCCAGGGUGGGGGGGAGCACGGGAGGCUCAGUUAGCCCCACCGGUCUCUCUCCCACACACAACCGAAAUGGCAAAGCACUCCCCCUGCAGGGCAACGGCAGCAAUGCACGGAGGCCCAGUGGAGCCCUGGAGGCAGGAGGAGGGGAAGGAUCGAUGAAAGGAGGAGGUUGCUCAGGACUGAGGGGCGGGAGGGGCGGAAGUCUGGGGAGAAGGGGAGAAGGCUGUUCGUCCUCGGACCGAGAUUCAACACUGUCAUCCCCUUCCUCCUCAAGCCGCCGGCCCCCCCGGCGCUCUAGACGCCGGCCCCGCCACCGCUUUGUGGGCAAGGACGGGCGCUGCAACGUCAUCUUCGUCAACAUGAGCGAGAGGGGCCAGCGUUACCUCAGCGACCUCUUCACCACCUGCGUGGACAUCCGCUGGCGUUGGAUGCUAGUCAUCUUCUGCCUCUCCUUCCUCCUCUCCUGGCUGCUCUUUGGCUUCGCCUUCUGGCUCAUUGCCGCCGCGCACGGAGACUUCGCAAUCCGCCUCAACCCCAGCUCGGGUGCCUCUUCCGGGGGAGGAGAUGAGUCCGGAGCAGGGGCGGUGGUGGAAGUGGAGGAAACGUGUUUCGUUCAGGUCAACAGCUUUAUGGCGGCCUUCCUGUUCUCCCUGGAGACACAGACAUCUAUUGGUUACGGCUUCCGCAGCGUGACCGAGGCCUGCCCCCUGGCGGUGAUGGCGGUCGUCUUGCAGUGCAUUGUGGGCUGCAUCAUUGACGCCUUCAUCAUUGGAGCGGUCAUGGCGAAGAUCGCUAAGCCCAAGAAGCGUAACGAGACGCUGUUGUUCUCUGACACGGCAGUGGUGGCGCUGAGAGAUGGGAAACUCUGCAUGAUGUGGAGGGUGGGGAACCUACGCAAGAGCCACCUGGUAGAGGCACACGUACGUGCACAGCUAAUGAAGCCGAGGGUGACCCCAGAGGGAGAGUUUCUCCCGCUGGACAACGAGGACAUCAACGUGGGAUUCGACACGGGAACCGACCGCAUCUUCCUGGUUUCCCCGGUAACCAUCGUCCACGAGAUCGACAAUGAGUCGCCGUUUUUCGAGAUGGACCGUCGGACUCUGGAGGGCGACACUGAGUUGGAGGUGGUGGUCAUUCUGGAGGGUAUGGUGGAGGCCACAGCCAUGACCACACAGUGUCGCAGCUCCUACCUCGCCUCCGAGAUCCUCUGGGGCCACCGCUUCGAACCUGUGCUCUUCGAGAGGAAGAACUGUUACCAGGUGGACUACUCGUUCUUCCACCGGACCUAUGAGAUUCCCAGCACACCCUCUUGCAGCGCUAAAGAGUUGGCCGAGCAGAAGUACAUCCAGGGCUCACGCUCCUCCUUCUGCUACGAGAACGAAGUAGCCCUGCAGCUCGUCUCCCCUGACAAUGACCCUGAGGGCAACCCUGGCGGCUGCCCCUCCCCCCUGACGCACUGAUCCUCCCUCUCACAACCCACCCACACUAACUAGGGAGGCGACAGGCAGAGGGGACAGGAAGUGACCUAGGAUCCACAGGAAGUCAGGGACAGACAGAGGGAGAGAGAGGCAGAAAGAGAGACAGGCUUUAUAGGGAAAGAGACCAACGUAUAGAAAGGUAAGUAGAAGAUUUAGGGAAAAGGACAACAUUGAGAGACUGAAGUUGAGAGAGGUGUAGAAAGAGAAACAGAAGACACGACAAAGACGCCGAGAGACAAACGGAGAGAGAGAUACUGUAUACUGUCAAACAGAGAGAAAAGGACAGACAGAUAGGACGGAAAAGGAGAGAGAGGGAUAGAAAGAGAGAGAGAAGUGUCAUUGAAAGGGGUAGCUGGGCUGCUGCUACUCUGACUGUGUUAGCUGAUUUGGACAUAGCGAUCUUUCAGAAUCAUUAUGAACCUGUCUGUCUCAGACCCGUCCCGUCAACCAACCGCUACAUUCACCACUGACUCCAGCACCUAGCUGACCACACAUACAACACUGACCCCUAUUGGCUUCAGUCUGUACCUGCAGCUCCUGUUCAGUUACAACUCACACUGAACACAUGGGAGUAAGGUGAAGCUGCCCCAUAGACACUGAGCUAUGACCAGUUUAGUGUUUCUGCCCCCUAAUGGUGAAGGUUAGGUUUUGGAGAGGCUAAGCUGAUCCUAGAUCUGUGCCUACGGGUAACUUCUACACCAAAUCUGUUGAUGUUGAAUACUGUGUGAGAGAAUGAGGUAAAACGGUGUAUAUCUACACAUUGAGGGAUGUUUGUUAUGAACUGAAUGAGAAGGCAUUAUUGAUAUGUUUUUGAUUCUGGUCAUUUGUGUUCUGUCAAGGUUUGAGCAGGUCUGUUGUGUUAGACUGAUAUGUAGCAAAAUGGAUACAGAGAAACAGCUGAAAAUAAGCAGUGGUUUUAAGCUGUUUCUUUGACUUUGUACUGUAUGUUGUUAUUCUGUAUUUAUAAUGCAAGACUAUUAUACAUUUGCUUUAUUUAAUCAAACAUGUUGCUUGUUCAACUGGGUGCAGUGUCAGCACAAAACCAUAUGAGUGCAUAGUCUGGUAACAUGUUGCUUGUUCAACUGGGUGCAGUGUCAGCACAAAACCAUAUGAGUGCAUAGUCUGGUAACAUGUUGCUUGUUCAACUGGGUGCAGUGUCAGCACAAAACCAUAUGAGUGCAUAGUCUGGUAACAUGUUGCUUGUUCAACUGGGUGCAGUGUCAGCACAAAACCAUAUGAGUGCAUAGUCUGGUAACAUGUUAUUUGAAGGUCUACUUCUAAACUUAUGAUUGAUUGUUUAAUAUGUUUAACUAUGGUUAACAAGCAAAGGUUUAUAAGUACUUUGUAAGCAGAACUUUGAUUAAAAUGUUACCUUAUGUUA